GUUGUUUCAACUUUCGCAGUUCCAUUUUAAUUACGUCAUCUAGGAUUUAUUAGCAUAUAGGGAUUAAGGUCAGUGUGAAGCAUUCAAAUAUAACAAACAUUUAUCGAUAUAUGUGUGUUUGAUACAAUUAUCGAACAUAAUCGGAUUACUAUUAUUUUGAAUUUUACUUCAAAUAUACAUAUACAUGCAAGUAUUCAUAUUUUUUUACAUUAUAGUUUGAUCCAGUAGUUAAUAUGGGCAGUUCCUACAGCCGUGAAUACUUAAGUAUAUAUGAAGUGAAUACGCCACUGAUUGCAAUAUGUUUUACUUCCCUUCUAUUUAACUCUAUGCAUAAUGGGUUGUUUCGUGUGGCAAAUUUUUAUAGCAAUCUUUUUAUCUCUUAUUCACUCUGUAUUUCCACUGGCUGUUCUUCAUACCUUCAUGAACCGUUGUUGGGAGCGAAAUUGGGGUUUUUCGCCGCCCUUUUCUUUACCCUUGGCCCUUAUCUAAAACUGGUUUAUACCCAGCGAUUGUUUCCGAAUUAUGUGCGAAAUGGGAUAGGUAGCUUUUAUCUGACGUAUCAUUCAUUGCAGUGGUACAAAGCCAAGUACCACAUCGAAGAUGCCCAUGAAGACUUUGAAGAGGAAGACUAUUGAGGCGUGAAAGAAAGAAAGAAAAGAAGUGAAUUAUAAUAGGUUAAAUUAUCCGUUUUCUAUUUUUUCAUUUUCAACCAUUUGAAGGAUUUGAUCUAGAAUUUCUUAUUCGAGGAUUGGACUGUUCACUUAAUAUAACUUAUCGGCAUGCUAGAAGGAGCCAUUUUAAAUAUAUUUAUGCGGAACGAACCAUAUUUGUAAAUUAUUAUCCCUUAUUUAUUUGAAGGAAACCCCCUAUAAAGGUGAAAGUAAAA